UCUCCAAGUCGUUCUAGUCGCAGGAGGUCAAUCUGUUCAUGUCAUACAUGAUUUUUCUGUUGGAGUAAAAAAAUAGUCAUGUUUAUUUAAAAUAAAUUAAAAAUACUAAAUUAUUUUUUAAAUUAAAACAUAUUUUUUUUACAAAAACAAUAUCAACAUCAGUUUAUUAACACAACGUAAACAUAAUACAUGGUAACAAAAAGUGUUAAUUAUUUGUGUUAAAUAGUAUCUGCUAGCAAAGCUGUCGGGUUUGUUUAUUAAUAAAUAUUAAAAUUAAAUUUAUGAAACAUAAAUCUAAUUAUUUUUAUGGAUAAGUUAAUAAAGUUUUAUAUACUUUGAGUAAAUCUACAAUGCAUAGUGAAAAUUGUCCAUCAGUAAGUUUUAAUGACGAUUCCGAAGUUCCUUCGGUUCAUUCAACAAUAAAUCUCUCUACAUUAGAGGAAGAUCUUGCUAUAAGUUCAUCAACUCUUGAUACAAGAGAUAAAACAAGUGAAGAAACAGAACCAGAAUAUGUCUCUUAUAAAUCACUGAAUAAAGUUAUUUAUUUAAAUGAAGAAACCAUGGAUUGUAAUUAUUCAGAGUCAACAGAGACCCCAAAGAAAAAUAAAAUAUUAACUCAAGACUUAACAAGCCCCGAAUUAUUCAAAAGUGACGACGAGGAUGAUGUUAAACCAGUGUCUAAAAAUUUCAAACGAAUAUUAUCGCAACCAACCGUAACCAAAAUAAUACCCCGUAAAUUAACUCAAGACGAGUUAAUAAUUCAAUCUGACAGCUAUUUACUUACGAGAACGAAUAAAUUUUUAACAGGAGUCCCGCCGCCUCCAAAAUUAACGAUCUGUCAAAGCGACUGUACUGAUUUUCUAAGUCAUAUACGUAAGAAUCGUAAGUAUUUUUGGGUGGAUCCCUUUAACAAAGACGAUGACAAAAUAUUAUCUAGCGAUGAAGUAGCUACGAAUACAACUACAACAUCCACCGUUACCACCACCACUACUACGACUGAUGAUACCGAUAGCACAAUUUUUUCCGCAAAGUCUGAUGUAAAAAAAAUAAUAAGUAACGAAUCAAAUGAAAGGAUUUCAUUGUCACGUUCACGUAGUUUAAGAAAUUUAACAAACGCCUUUGAUGCCUGUGAUCAAUCAAACAGUUCAGCCUCUGUAAUACGUACAGAAAUAUCUAAUGACAGCGCUGUAACUGAUUGUUGUAGUAGUACCCUUACAAAUAAUACAAAUACAAGCAUGGAAACAUUCAAUGAACGGGUUAAUAAUAAUAGUAAUUGUAAUAUUAAUGUUAAUAAUAAUAACAAUAAUUUAAAUGAAAGUGAAUUAAGUAAUUUAUCAAGUAUUACAGCAAGUAUCGCUUCCAUUAGUACAACAGAAGCUACAGUUAAAGACAACGUAAAACAUGUCACCUUUGAUAUACCCCAAGAUGAAGAGCACCUCGGAAUUUUCCGUACCAUUGAUGAUAAACAAGCCAAGUCUUUACCCUGGCCGAUUAUUUAUAAACAUAAAGCGCCUGGGAUUCAUUACAAUAGAAACAAAUUUAUUGAGGAAUUUGAAAAUUUAUCGACGAAAUUAUGUGAGAGGUACGUCGGGAAUGAAACACAAUCGACUUGCACCAUUUGGUUCACUAAACAAGCACCUGGUAGUGCUAAAAAACGCAUGCUGUUGGGCAAACGUGGAAUUGGUCAGAGCCCGGGUAAAAGAUUGAGUCAUUUAGCGAGGCGUCGUAAGACAUUUUCAAGUGCAAACUUGCAGGGAAUGGCUGAAAAGAAGCAAAUUGUUCUUAAUGUUAAGAAACCAAUUAUUAAGAAGGGAAAAAGCCCGCGAGGUAAGAGCCCACGUGGUAAAAGUCCGCGGGGAAAAAGCCCGCGCAAUUCGGCAAAGAAGCGGUUGAGUAGAAAAUUGUUGUUAGAAGGACCUAGUCCCAGGAAAACAAAAUUAGAAACGUCAAAACGCGCGUUGUUUCAAAGCCCGACUAAUGAUCGCGCUGGACCGAGUGGUAAAUCUGUGCAGAUGGGCAUCAGUAAUCCGCAAAAAAUAAAACGCGCGUUGUUUCCAACUCCUCAGAAGAAAGAAGGUAUGAGUAAUGCGGAGGAAGUAACUAAGAAAAGAAAGAGUGAUGAAGAGCUUGAAGCUCCAAGAGUCAAGUGGCCAAAGAGUUUGUCAUUUGACUGCACGUACAACAACUUGGAUAGUUCGCGAGAGUCUUGGAGUAGCGAUAGAUAUUCAAGUAGUAAUGUACAUAUGAAGAGUGAAACUAUGUCUCAACCAGUUAAAGUUGGUCUCAGUGAUAAUAAUAAAAAAAAAUUACUGUGGGCAGUUUAUCAAGCUCUGCAGUCUCGAGGCAUAAACAUGGAGCAUCCAAAAUUUAAACAAUACGCCAAUCAGCUUGCGAGAACUGUAAGAAAAUAUAUGCCUGACUUGGAAAAUCGUAAUAUUCCACGUAAACCAGGCAGUACUUGUGAUCGUAUGCUGAAAUUAGCGAAUAUUCAUGUUCUUCUUGUUGUCGAAGCUAAGUGCGAUUAGAUAGCCAAUCUAAAUUGUUAUGAUGUUAAAUAAUAGAUAUAAUAGUUAUGACUAUGAUUAAAUAAGUUUCUUUGUUCCUAUUUUACUUAUAUGAAUAAUUAAUAAUAUAUUUACAUUAUUGGUCAAGUUAAUUUUUAAAUCGUGGCGGAUAUUUCGCUAUUCUCCAUGUUUUUGACCAUAUGAAAGACUUUUAUCAGGGAUACUGUUUUUUUUUUUUUUUUUAACUAACAUUAAUUCUUUUAAUACAUUUAAAUAAUAUAAAUAAUUACCGUUACUGUCGUUUGAAAUUAUUUUUAUUAUCGAUAAAAUAGUAAAUUAAAUUGUAUAAUAUAAAAAUGGCAUCUUG